AGAGAGAGAGAGAGGUAGAAAGAGAGAGAGAGAGGGAGAGAAUCUCGAAAGGAUGGUAGGUGAGGGUUGGGUGGGGGGUUUCAUCUCCCACCCUGUGGAUCGUAGAGAAGUAGGCAGGGAGGCAGACAACAGACAGGUAGACAGGUAAGCAAGCAAGCAAGCAAGCAAGCAAGCAAGCAAGCAGAGAGAGAGAAAGUGCUCGCAGGACGUUACCGCUCGUUAAUAAUUCGUUUAGUUUGCGUAGAAUCGCACAUCGUGUGUGCGCGUGUGUUAUAAUAGUACAGUUCGCAUCGAUUUUUCCCGAGAGGAGGGAAGAAAAAACAAUAAAAAAGAAAAAAGAAAAAAACAAGAAAAGAAAGAAGAACAGUGAACGUUCGAAAAAAUCACCUUAUUUCUUCGUCAAAAAAAAAAAAAAAAAAAAAAAGAAGAAAAAAGACACGAAAAAAAAAAGGAAAGAAGAAAGAAACUCACUCAACCUUAUCGCGAAUCCCCUUCUCCUCCUCCUCCUCCUCCUCCCUGGCCCCUUCACCACCACCCCUACCCCUCCCGUGCGUUUCUUUUCGUACCAAGUUAAUUUUAUUUGACUUGAUACGACUCAAUUGUUAUUUUUCGCGAAAACGAAAACUUUCGUACUCGCGUACAUACGUACUACGUCAGUUGCAAUUAGUUUUAUAACGAGCCAAAAGGCAUUAGAAGUGUUUAAAAAGGAUUCGAGAACAUAUACAUUGAUGAAGGAUUUCUCAAAGGAUUAUAACGUACGAACGCUCUCGUGUUACAAAUCCUUUUGUUUUUUUCGUGUAAUCCAUUUGCAUUAACUGUGGAUCAUCUCGAGAAAAAGGAAAAGAAAGGAGAAAAGAAAAUAAACAGGAAGAAGGAAAAAAGAAAGGAGACACUACUGUCACGGUCGAAGAUUAUAAGGAAAUAAGGAAAGGAUUAGCAGGAUCAAUGAUCGGAAGUGGCGAUAGUACCGCGGACGGCGGUGGGGGUAUAAUAAACCCAAAUUUCUCAAUGAACGUUAUUCAAAACAACGCAGAGAGUAACAUAGAUCUAACAAUGGUCACAACUAAUCCAGUCUUGGCUACGCCAGGAUUAAAUAGCCCAGCAUGGAAUCGACAACAGGCUGUUAGCGUUAGACACGCUUUCAAAACUUAUGGCAGUAGUAAAAAUCCAAAUCACGUUAUACAAAAUCUCAGUAUGACGGUAGCCAAAGGAUCAAUAUACGGCCUCUUGGGUGCCAGUGGUUGUGGCAAAACAACAUUAUUAUCCUGCAUCGUCGGACAAAGACGUUUGAAUUCCGGAGAGAUUUGGGUUUUAGGUGGUAAACCGGGUACAAAGGGUUCCGGUGUACCUGGAAAAAGAGUUGGUUACAUGCCACAAGAGAUAGCUCUAUAUGGUGAAUUUACUAUACGCGAAACUAUGUUGUACUUCGGUUGGAUAUUCGGCAUGGACACCGCUGAAAUUGUCGAUAGGUUACGUUUUUUAUUACAAUUUUUGGAUUUGCCAUCGCAAAAUCGGCUUGUCAAAAAUCUCAGUGGUGGCCAACAAAGACGGGUAUCGUUCGCAGUGGCUCUCAUGCACGAUCCUGAACUUUUAAUAUUAGACGAACCAACCGUGGGCGUUGAUCCGUUACUCAGGCAAAGCAUUUGGAAUCAUCUAGUACAGAUAACCAAAGAUGGCAACAAGACAGUCAUCAUCACGACUCAUUAUAUCGAAGAGGCUCGACAAGCUCAUACGAUCGGAUUAAUGAGAAGUGGACGUUUAUUAGCCGAGGAAUCACCACGGGCACUUCUGACAAUGUACAAUUGUACAUCGCUCGAGGAUGUUUUUUUAAAACUAUCCAGGAGACAAGGUCAAUACGCCCAACCAACAACGGAAUUAAAUAUUUCGAACAAUAUUAGUUUGGCUUCUUUAAAUUGGGGAAAGAAGGAUGAACCGGUUUACGUCACCGAAGAAUCUGGUGUGGUUGGUUUGAAUUUCUAUCAAAGCAAAGAAGUCCUCAUUCAUGAUUCGACGAAUGGGGUUGGCAAUCAUUAUGACCUCACGAACAAAUCAUUACACGGAAGUAAAGCCGAGUCAACGCUGGAAUGUAGUAAUUUUACAGAUUGUUACAAUAUUACUAGCGUAGGAAAAAUAAGGGCCCUCUUGCAAAAGAAUUUCUUACGUAUGUGGAGAAAUAUCGGUGUUAUGUUGUUCAUCUUCGCAUUGCCAGUCAUGCAAGUGAUACUCUUCUGUUUGGCAAUUGGAAGGGAUCCAAUAGGUUUAAAAUUGGCUAUAGUUAACCACGAAGUUUUUUUCGAAAAUAUGACGUGCCCUGUCUCGGAAGGCUGUGAUUUCUCUUUACUGAGUUGUCGAUAUCUCAAAUUUCUCAAUAACGAUACAAUUAUAAAGAAUUAUUAUCCGGAUCCUGAGGCAGCACAAGACGCCGUACGAAAAGGUGAGGCAUGGGGGAUGCUAUAUUUCACAGAAAAUUUCACGGAUGCUUUAGUCGCACGAAUGGUACUUGGAAGGGAUGCUGAUGAUGAAACUCUUGAUCAAAGUGAGAUCAGAGUUUGGUUAGAUAUGUCCAAUCAACAAGUUGGCCUGAUGUUGAUGAGGGAUCUACAAUAUUCAUAUCGGGAUUUCGCCAAAGAUCUGUUAAUAGCGUGCAAAGAAAAUUCAAAGUUGGCUGACGUUCCGAUUCAAUUCAAGGAUCCGAUCUAUGGAUCGAACGAGCCAAGUUUCACGGACUUCGUUGCACCCGGUGUUAUACUAACCAUCGUGUUCUUCCUGGCGGUUGCUUUGACCUCAUCUGCAUUGAUCAUCGAGAGAAUGGAAGGAUUGUUGGACAGAAGUUGGGUAGCAGGAGUAACACCCGGUGAAAUACUUUUCUCCCACGUGGUAACCCAAUUUGUCGUUAUGUGCGGUCAAACGGCAUUGGUAUUAAUAUUCAUGAUAUUAGUUUUCCGAGUCGAAUGCAAAGGUGAAAUAGGAUGGGUCAUUAUAUUGACGAUACUUCAAGGUCUCUGUGGCAUGUGCUUCGGAUUCGUAAUUUCGGCAAUUUGCGAGCUCGAAAGGAACGCCAUCCAAUUGGCCCUGGGUAGUUUCUAUCCCACACUUCUUCUCAGUGGUGUGAUAUGGCCCAUAGAGGGUAUGCCAACAGUUUUACGAUAUGUCUCGCAAGGUUUACCCUUAACGAUGGCAACUACGGCACUUCGUUCUAUGCUGACUCGUGGUUGGAGUAUAUCAGAGCCAGAUGUGUACAAUGGUUUUAUAUCUACAAUCAUUUGGAUCGUAGUAUUCCUCACAAUAAGCAUGUUGGUCCUUAAGUUCAAGCAUAAAUAGAAAGAAAGAAAGAGAGAGAGAGAGAGAGAACGGUUACGUUAUAUUAAUAGAACAAAUUUUAAGAUAAGGGUGAAAGGUGGAGAGGGACAAGGUGGAAGAGAAAGAUAAACAAAUAUUUUUUAUUGUAAAUUAAAAAUUAACUUCGUUCAUAUUAUUGUAACUGUAUCGAGGGGAUUAAGGAUGAGGGAGAAUGAAGAAAAGUAAUAGGGAAGAUCGAAGAAAAAAACAAAUGAUCGUAUGAGUUAUGAUAAAGUUUUUUUUUUCUAUUUUCUCUCUUUCUCUCUCUCUCUCUCUCUCUCUCUCUCUCUCUGUCUGUCUCUUUCUCUCCCCCCUCUCUCUCUCUCUCUUUCCUUCUCCCUCUCCGAUUCUUUCGUAAAUCAUCACUCCGAAAUGUGAUGAUUAAUGCGCAUAUGUGUAUAUAUGUGUUGCCAAAAUGAUUUUAAGUUUGAUAUGAUUGCGUGCAUGUAUGCGUGUAUGCCUGCGUGUACUCUUAAAUAAUAAAAAAACGUGUACGUGUACGUGUGUAUACUUGUGUGCGUGUCUACUCUCGUGUGCGUGUGUCUACUCUUGUAUGCGUGUAUUUGUAUUAUUUUUGGAUAAACUCACUUAGAGAUUUAUUUUUUACAUAUUAACGUUUCUACAUAUUAUAUAUAUAUAUAUAUAUAAUAUAUAUAUAUAUAUAUGUGUGUGUGUGUGUGUGUGUGUAUGUGUGUAUAUGUACGUUUGUAUGCAUAUAUAUAUAUUUCUUUUUUCAAUUUGUUUUUAGUCAUAUCUUAUAUACAUUCUCAGAAUAUAAUUAAUGCAUCUACAUUUACGGAUGCCCCGGUAAACUUGUUCGCGAAAAUAGAAGAAGAAUAGAUUAUAAGUAAAAUGGAAAAAAAAAACAAACCAAAAAAGAACAAAAAAAGAAGACAAGAACAAAAA